AUGUCAAUUAUANGAUAAAAUAUAUGUUUUUAAUGUGGAAAUCAAUAUCAUUAAGGAUUAGAUUGUAUAUAAGCAAUGGAUGCAUAAUAUUUAUAAGCAAGAAAAGAUAAUCUAAUAUUUGAUUGUCCUAAUUGUAAAGCACCAAUCUAAAAAAAGGGUGGAUGUAAUCAUAUGACUUGUUAUAAAUGCAAAUAUUAAUUCUGCUGGUUAUGUAGAGGCAAAUAUUCAUCCUAUCACUAUGUUAUUUUCAAUAUUUUUGGAUGUGUCUGUAUUUAAUCAAUACAAUCAUAAUCAUAGUUCCUGGAGGACAAGGUUCCAAUAUGUAACCAUUUUCUAAUCCUAUGAUGCUUAGAGUUAUGAUGAUCAUACCAAAAAUAUUACUUACUAUUAUCCUUUUCUCUGUUUUAUUAGCAUUGUUGCCAUUCAUCCUUAUUUACUUCGUUAUUGUAGCACCUUAUGAACUUACUAGAAAAGUCUGCGGAUUUAGAUUUCAUAGAUACAGAUUAUGUCCUAAAAUUGCCUUUGGAAUACUUUACUUCUUCUUAGGAGUCUUAUUAUCUCCAUUGACAGUUGCUAUUGCCAUUUUAAUUAGUCCAUGCUUUUUGAUAUUUUAUUUGUUAGAAAAUAUUUGA